GGAAUUCCUUUUUGCCGAUCGCCGCCCGGGCUGGGAAGUAGUAGUGCACAAGACGAGACGCUGCGAUCGCUCGAGGUCAAGGAGGAGGAUUGUCGUGAAGAUGUGCGUGACACGCUCGUAAGUGUGACUGCCUCGUCUACCGAUCGAAGAAAAACAUCACAUCAUCGACGAGAAGUUGCACAACCUUCAAUGUCGGACGGUGCGAGUAGAAGUAGUUCUACUUCAUCUUCCUCUUCUUCUCCCCGGCGGCCGAAAGGAGAUCAAGACGCGGUUGCAGGUGAGUCACCUAUUACAACUUCGAGGUCGUCAACAUCGUCACCCAUUGUACCGGUGCGCCGAUCUUCUUCUUCAGGCAUAAUUCGCGCUAAGACUACUGAAGCCAGAAAAAAGAUCCGAAAGACAGAGAAAAAGCCAGCAGCCUCUUCCCCCGGCUCCCUCAGCAGUGAACAGCCAUCCCUGCGGUACCGUGGCCCCUCUGCGCUAGUGUCGCGUCGCGGUCCGCAUGCUCGUCCUUCUUGGCGCCCAGGUUCCACUCCGCCUGACAUUAGAGUAGAACGGCGCAGACGGCUGUUGGCGGACGCGCAGGCUGUGCUUGACACGACUCCGCCCUCGGAUCCGCGCCACGAAGCGUCGCUAAUCGUGACUACGGAAAAAUCUUCAGAAGAGUCGAGCGGGACGACGAGCAGGAGCUCUACAUCUACUACUUCUUUUUCCAGCGAUGAGGAUAACCAUGAGCAGGCCGCUAGAAGGCGGAGCAAAAGUCGUGGCGCAGACCAUGACGCAGCUUCUACAUCAUCUUCUAGCACGACCAGCAGCAGCGGCUCGCGCGGUUGCUCGGUUGUAAGAAGCACGAGCAAGAUUGCAAAGAAGCCGUCUGCCACGUCACGACGUGACCAACAACCACAUCACGAUGUUGUGCAAGAACGCCGAGGAGGACCAAGAAACGACUUCAACAACCACAGAAAUCUUCAAGAAGCGUCAUUGUCUGCUGGUGGUGCUGUCGCUGCCAACAGUUCCGCGGCGGGGGCCGCGGAGAUGGGCUUGAGAAAUUUCGAGGACCGCUUCGAUCGCGGCACUAGGCAUGACGUCGGCAGGUGCCAACCCAUUCAGGUUCAGCCUGAGGUGUGGCGGACGCGGGACCGGCUGAAGAUGCGAACGGGCCAACCCGAGCAGCACCGGGGCCAGCAGCAACUACCCGCGCCAGCAGAGGAAGGCAUCUACGGGAGCAUCGGCAAUCGCGAGCGCCCAGUGUAUUGGGAUCCCUACAGACCAGGGGGGACGCAAGAAACAGCAGAGCAGAACGACAGACAGCUUCGGAAAUUUUUAGACAAGAAAGGCCGACAGAGAGCAAAUUGUCCCCGUCCUACGAUUCAGCCGGUGCCCGUUCGGGUCAUGUCGGGUCUCGGGGUUCAGCAGGCGUAUGAUUAUUUCCGUGGGAGCCGCAUGGACAUGCCGGCAGCGAGGAUAGCAACGAAGUACGUCGCGCCCUCGGGGCCUCGCGCUGUUGCUCGAUCUCGCCCAGCUGCGCCAGAUGUCAGAGCGGGCGGCCCUUCCCCUACCAGCAGGAGAGGCGUUCGCGUUGGACCCCCAUCCAGGAUGAAGAGUAAGCAAGGGAAGACGCGCACUUUUUCGCCGGGGCGCAACCGGAACCACGCAACUGCGGACGAGCAACGCAACGGGAGCCGAAAGCAGGACCGUCACACUCAGCGGGUCGCCGCGCAGAGGAACCACGCGGCUGUCGCACGCCGGCAGGACGGAAGGAGUAGCACAAAUCAGAGAAAUUAUGCGAGGCACAGCCCAUCUCGUUCACCUCCGUUAGAGGUGGCCCAUCAGCAGCACCGGAGCCAGGACCCGCGAGAGCAGCGUAUUCUACACACCAUCACGCCGCGACCGGGCCGACCCGGUAGGCUUAAUUUCGAGAAGGCUAUGACACUGCCAACAAUGUCAAAAGCCUGCAUUGUUCUCAGUUUUUUUUUCCGGGCUCGCUGCAGCUUUUGCUAUAGUUUUAGAAUUUGAUCAAAGCAGCUUCUGCUAUGUCAGCUUUUGAUGCUAUAUUUUUUUGAGAGUCUUUGCUUUGACAUUGUUGGCAGCGCCAUUAUACCGACCGCGAUGCAGCAGGUUUGGCUGAUAUCCAUGGAAAAUAAGAAUCUAAACUGCGCUAUCGUGCACGAAUCAGACUCUGAUGAUAUGAUGAACUAUGAUUCGUCUUCGCUUGUUCUCACGCAAGAUGUAGAUGCUAUGCGCCACUAUUCUCAUGGCAACCACAUUCUUGAUGGCACUCGUACCAUUAUAUGAUCCGUUUUUACACAAUUUCCGAUUCAUCCGUGCGGAAUUUCUAUGAAAUUGGCAGGAGCAGGUGCAGCCAGGAAUGAGUAAACAAAUUUGCCACGGUAUUGCUCAUUACUUCAGUGCAGUUUUGUUCCAGGAUAGCUUGCCUCCCAGCCGAAGAGCCCUGGGAUACCGAGCCAGAUUUGCGACCACUUGCACUGUUUUCAAGCGGACUCCAGGGGCAGGCACCAUCGCAUUCCCUAUUACGAACCCAUAGUAGACACUGGAAGCGGCGCCGGGAUGUUCUGCAUGUUGUGCGACAAGAUUGCCGAUAGUGCUCACUGCCAGUCGGAGGCGCACCUGAAAAAAGCCGAAGUAUUCGAGAUGAUGCACGAAGCCGACCGGGCAAAGCGAUCGAAGUUGCUGCUCCCCUACCCGGAGGCGCCGUGGGUGAUGUACAAGGUUCACCGCAACGGGUAUUGCUUUCUGAAAGACGAAGCGGACUGGUGGCCUUAUUGUUUGUUGUGCGCUGGUAUCCUGUGCAAACAAGCAUCGCACUCGGGUACGUGGGCUGCUACCUUGCAUAUGCAUGACAGAUUGCCGCAUGACAAGCGCAAGCUAUUUGUUGCUUAGUACUUCUUUGCUGGGAUGAAUUCAAACUGGGUUGUAAUGCGUUCUAUACUAGUGCGAUACUUGUUUUGCGAAACUUCAUACGGGAGAACGGGGGGCACGAUAUCACGCGGAACUAUGAAUGCCGCUGGUCCUUUCCGCUCGACAAGGACACCCCGCACAUCUGCGGCCCGGUCGGGGCUGGAAAAAACAACAAGUCGCAGGGCCGCUGGCAUGCGGAGUUUGUCCGUGAGUAUUGGGCCAAGCCGGCAAAGCGGCGGGAGGUGGAGAGCCAGCGGAAAAGGAUCUACGAAGCGGACAAGGAGUAUUACAACUACCGCUGCUGGGAGGCAGGCAGCACGCGGGGCGCGAUUGUGCGGCGGGCGGGGCACAAGUUGAUGGAUUGCGGAAAGGACGAAGAUGAGGACUGGUUGUCGGGGGAGGAGGAAGAUCCGAGGAAGGAGGUUUUCAGACAGAAAGAAAAGGAGCGAGAAAUAGAAUACGUGGAGCAGGACAGCAGCCCCCUCAGCAGCGCGCCGGCAGAUCACGCGCAUAGCUACAGGGGCGGACGAGGAGACGCAAGGCGGGGCAGAAACUUCUAUCACCGACGAGCGGGCAGGCGAGCGGACGAGGCUACGUCUUGGCGGAACUACGUGGCCAGCCGUCGAGGCAGUCAUGUCGAGAGCAUUACGUCAUCGGCUGCGCAAGUAGAUUUCUCCUCGUUUAUCAGAAGUGCAACUGAUGUGACAACUGACUCCGCGUCCGCCAUCAGGUUUUUUUUUUUGUUUUGUGAAAAAGUAAAAGAAAAACGCAUGCACAGCAUGAAUAUAAAUUAGUUUUCAGUGCGUCGCCCCCGUCGCGUAGACUGUAUAGCUUUUUUCGACGGGCUGACGCGAGUCUUGCUGCUUUGAAAACUCAAGCACAUUCUUCGCAUGCACACACUUCAAAGCGAUUUUUGUUUUUGUACACGAGGUCCUCGCUGCUUUGCAUGACAAAAUGGGAGCGAGGGGUCACUUGUUGCACUUUGUGUAGUUGCAUACCUCCCGACCCGACAACCUCCGACUCGGAAGAGAGCGACCAAGAUCCACGCGCACCAUGGAGGCAAGGCGGUAGAUGGUAUCCGCUGGAAAUUUGCUGCACAGGAUGCUGACGCACAAAUUAGAACCGCCUUGCAUGACACAACCAGCGAUCUAGGUGUAGUGGGCCUACUUACGAAGUUCUUGCAGCAUAGCCAUGUGCUUUUUCUGUGCGUCCUCGUGUCGUGGGGUGCUACACUUUUCCAACUGCAUAGAGGGGGGAAAGCAGGCCGUGGUGGAGUCACACCAGGAGAAGCGGGAACUACAGGCACUACUAGCCUGCCCGCCCCGGCGAAGGGCAAGGGUAAGGGAGAAGAGCUGGCUGCUGCCAUGCGGGCGGAAGUAGUAACUACUGGGAAUUCCAAGCAGUAAGUAGUGGAAAAAGCCAUCCUGCUACGACGGGACGGCCGAGGACUUACGGCUGACGUGCUAAUAUUCUUCCGGAAGGUUGCAGCGAAAUCAAAAUGGAAUUUGAGGAGCAAGAGUCACAAUUAGUAUCGUAAAUAGUAUCUUCAGUUGCAUGCACUUCUACUACUUCUAUCGCGCAAUCGCAAUGUCACAGUACUCGUCGCAAAAUACGUCCACUCGCAAUUUUGGUUGAAUCCCAUUCGCUUUUUUGAAGAAAACAAUCCGCUUCCGGCACGAAAAAGGAACAAACGCUUGAGCAAGAAGAUGACUGGGUAUCAUGAGCACGAUCGCCUUGGUGUUGAUCAUGAUCUUCUGACUCAGUAGAUUUUCUACUUGGAUGAAACAGCUCCAGC